UUCCCACGAUUCUCCUUAAUUUCAGUUUGUGUGUAUGCCACCCACUACCUUGCAAGCAGUAUUGGGUCCUUACAAGCCGGGUGUGGUGGCCCUCGUCCAGUCCUAGCCCUUAGGUGGAGGCAGGCAGAUCUCAGGAGGUCAGGCUCAUCUUUCCAGUCUAGGCAUCUAGAGACACUGUCGGAAAGGAGGCUGUGAGCAUAUAACAGCCGCCAGUUAUACCGUGCAGACCAAGGAGUUCUUAGAGCAGGGAGAUGUGUACCUGGCCCCACCGGACCCGGGAACGCACAUGAAGUUCUCAAGCCUGGUGAUCUGUUGACUGUCACCCUCUUCCGGCCUACGUAUGCAGGCAGCUGAUUGCCUCCUGUCUAUUUGGCUUUUCUAAACAGUUCCUAUAUCUCUUGUAUGAGGAGGCAUCUUCUGUUAUAUAUCUGCUUGGGGGAGGGGGUUAUGGUGUGCCGCAGCAUGUAUAUGGAGGUCAGUGAACAACUUUUGGGGGCCUGUUCUUUGCUUCAAUCGUGCGCUCUAGGGAUCGAGCUCAGCUCAUCAGCCUUGGUUUAAAGCACCUUUAACCAUUGAGCUAUCCCACCAGACCUCGUCUUUGGAGUUUUGAGAUAGUUCACUUUAUCCAAGUGCAUGGAUUCUGUGAUGGUGCUGGCGAAUUCCCACCUCUUCAUGAACCGCUCCAACCAGCUGGCGGUGAUAGCCAGCCACAUCCAGGAAAGCCGAUUCUUAUACCCGGGGAAGAAUGGCAGACUUGGAGACUUCUUCGGAGACCCUGGCAACCCGCUUCCUGACUAUAAUCCCUCCGGGAGUAAAGACGGGAAAUACGAAUUGUUGACAGCUGCAAAUGAGGUGAUCGCCGAGGAGAUCAAAGAUCUGAUGACCAAAAGUGACAUAAAGGGCCAGCACACAGAGACAUUGCUAGCAGGAUCCCUCGCCAAAGCCCUUUGCUAUAUUCACAGAGUGAGCAAGGCAGUUAAAGAUAAUCAGGAGAUGAAAUCAAGGAUUUUGGUGAUCAAGGCUGCAGAGGACAGCGCACUGCAGUACAUGAACUUCAUGAACGUCAUCUUUGCUGCACAGAAGCAGAAUAUUCUCAUCGAUGCCUGCGUCCUAGACUCGGAUUCCGGGCUCCUCCAACAGGCUUGUGACAUUACAGGGGGAUUGUACCUGAAGGUGCCUCAGAUGCCUUCCCUCCUGCAGUACUUACUGUGGGUUUUUCUUCCGGAUCAAGAUCAGCGAUCUCAGCUAAUCCUCCCGCCUCCGAUCCACGUGGACUACAGGGCUGCCUGCUUCUGUCACCGAAGUCUCAUUGAGAUUGGCUAUGUCUGCUCCGUGUGUCUGUCCAUUUUCUGCAAUUUCAGCCCCAUCUGCACCACGUGCGAGACAGCCUUUAAGAUCUCGCUCCCUCCUGUACUGAAGGCUAAGAAAAAGAAACAGAAGGUGGCCCUGUGAUGAGUGAUGUGCACGCGUUUCCCCAUCUUGCUGUCGCCUGCUCUCCCUGGAGGGCACUGCUCUCAUCCUGUGCUUGUAGGGUGGAGCUGACGUGCACCCCAAGCCUCCCAUGUUCCAUGGAAAGGGGACAAGCACAGGGUUAACACUUUCUGUCUGUUGCUUAGCAGAAGCCAGCUGGACCUUGUUCAUCUGUUGUUGCUCUCUUCCUUGGGGCUGGGUGUUGAAUCCCCGCCUUGCAGGUCCUCGGCCAGCACCCCACUGCUCCGCUGCAGCCGCCUGGGAUUUUGUUCUUAGAUUUGUCCUCCGUCACAGCUUAUCAUCUACAUUCUGGGCUUCCUGUACUAAAAGAUGGGCAGUGAGUGAAGUUGGAAUGCCACUCGGGAAGGUGAUCAGCAUUGGGUCAUCAUCAGUCAUGACAAAGCAUCUUAGUUGGACUGGUGUGCACAUGCCUGGAAUCCUGGGUCAGGAAGGUUUGGAGUUCAGAUCCUGCCUGUCUUUAAGAAAAUGAACAUUUUAUAUCAAAUAAGUUGUUUCCUUUAACUAUAUUUAAAUGUAACCUGACCUAAAGGCAUAAGCCUUCAAUCCCAGCAGUCAGGGUGCAGAGAUUGAGGCUAGCCUGGUCUACGCAAUGAGUUGAAACCAAUCAGGGCUGCAUCUUGCCACUUCAUUUACAAAAACAAACCAAACCAAACCAGUAGUCAGUGUAGGAGACCUGACUCGAGGCUCCCCGCAGCUGUUAUCUGUUCUGUGUUUGUCUGGUAUGCCAGCAUAUUUGCACGGAGUUAACCAAGAUUAUUAGUAAUGGUUUUCAACAAAACUGUAUAAAAUCUGAAUUUAAAUAUACAAAAGGAGCAAUUGCAGGGGCUGUGGUAAAGGUUGUCAGAGACACAUGCGAGGGAAGAGUUUGUCGGCUGGGGUCAGAGCCACCUCAUGGGGAAAAGGAGCUAUAUAGAGGUAUAACCCUGUCAUUUUCUAAUAGAAUAACAUUAAUGUUGGAGAACUGUUGAAUACUAAAAUGUAAAUGAGUUUAAUCGAAACACUUGUAAUUUCAACAAUAAAAAUUCUAUUUUUA